UCGAAAAAUUAGCAGCAGCAGCAGCGCAUGCGGUAGCGCUGCUAUCAGCCCAUGCAUCCGCAGGUUCCUCGAAUCGACAGAAAGAGCCGCGCUCUCAUCAAACGUGCUCGUGCAGAUCAAGCGUUAGAACGAAUUUAGCCGGGACGUCGCGAAGACCCCGUUUUUCUUUUCUUUCUUCAUUCCGUCGACCAGAAAAAGCCGUCACCAUGUUUUGGGGACUUAUUAUGGAGCCGAACAAGAGGUACACGCAGACCGUGGAGAAGGCCUUUCACAUAUCCAUGGCCAGUUUAGACGGAUCCACCGCCAAUGCUGGUCUGGUGCAGGUCAUGAUAUGCUAUGACAGCCGAAACUACCUGCUGUGUACAUUACAAAAGGAUUCUAUAUGGCAAGUACCUUUGGAUCUGAACUUCCAAGAAGGAACAAAGAUUGCCUUCACAUGCAACGGCGAUGGCCAUGUUCACCUUACUGGAUACUUGGUCCCAGAAGAGGAAGGAUUUGAUGAGAUGGAUGAGGAUGAUUUCGAUGAGGAAGAUGCAGAGAUUGAUGAGGAGAUUCCAACUCUUGUGGGCCCAAAGAAGAGGAAAGCACAGGCUUCUCCAAAAGAAAGCAAUGCCAAAAAACCAGCGAAAAAAUCCAAGAUCGAGGUAGACGAAGAUGAUGACAAUGAAUCAGAUUCCGAUGAUGAUGAAGAAAAUGGCUUUGGCUUAGAUGAAGAUGACUCUGAUGAUGAUGAUGAUGUUGAGGCAGAUGGCAUGGAAGAAGAUGAUGAGGAUGAUGACGAUGAGGAGGAAGAUGAGAGCGAUGACGAUGAUGAAGAAGAGGAAGAGCAAGUGCCAGUAAUAACUCUUACUAAGAAACAGCUGAAACAGCAACAGCAACAACAGAAGCAAAAUCAACAGAAAGAACAAAACCAACAGAAUCAAAGCAAAAAAGGAAAGGAAAAACUUGUGAAUGGCAAAGCAGAUGCCAAGCCAGAGAAAGAGCAGGGAAAACAGAAGAAAAACAAGGACAACAGCAAGUCUGAGGAAAAGCAAGAACAACAACAACCGAAGAAGAGAACAGUUGAAGGUGGAGUCCAAGUAGAAGACCUCAAAGUAGGAGAAGGUGCUCCAGCCAAGUCAGGCAAAUUCGUUUCAGUAUAUUACAUUGGUAGAUUGAAGAACGGCAAGAAGUUUGAUCAAACUCAACAAGGUGAUGGUUUCAAAUUCAGGCUUGGAAAAGGUGAAGUAAUCAAAGGAUGGGAUGUUGGUAUUGCUGGAAUGAAAGUUGGAGGAAAGAGACGCUUGACCAUCCCUCCCAACAUGGCUUAUGGUGCUAAGGGAUCCCCUCCAGUUAUCCCACCAAACAGUCAACUUAAUUUCGAAGUUGAACUCCGAGCUAUUCACUGAGCGUGCCAUUCCAACAAUUUAAUCAUACGCUAUAGAUAGGAAUUUCUUGAAAAUAUUUUUUAAUGUUUUUAAGAGACAUUUUUUACACUUGCAUUAUAUAUCAUAAGACAGUUAUCGAUCUAUGCAGUAUUUUCGUAAAAAAAUAAUUUUAUGCUAAACUGACACAAAGAUCUAUAUUUUCAUUAAUUCAUUAUACUAUGCGAGUACAUUGAUCGAUAAACAGAAUGUGAGACUGUACAGAGAUAUGUGUAUGGGAUAAUCAUACGUUGAUUUUGUAUUGCUUUAUAACUUUCUCUACUUUAAUUAGAAGAGAUGUUUUUUCUUAUCGAGCAUAAAACUGACUAUGCCACCAAUAAAGUUUAAAAAAAUAAGAGUACCUUUUAAAUAGAUUGUUUAUUAAUAAAAAAAUCGUGUGAAAAAUUG